AUGAAGCUCAUGGAUCUUUCCUUCCUCUGUUCCCUCCUCUUGUUCCUCCUCGUCUCCCCAACGUUCCUACACGGGGCGAACGCCUCCUCUUCCUUCUCGCACCAAGAUGAGGAGGAUUUGGACUUUGGCAUGUCGCUCGGGGAGAGGCUCGAUGAGAACGACAGCGUCAACUGCAGCACUCGCCACUCGGUGCCGAGCUACUUCUGGGAUUGGCUGCUCUUCCCGGUGGCGAUCGACGAUCUUGUGACCAAGCUGGAAGACCUCUCCGUCAAGCUGGGGGCGAUCAACACUCAGCUCUCCUCGAUGGACUUCGACCAGAUCCCCGCCGACAGCGGCCUCAACUUUGCGCAAAUCCUCCAGGCCAACUACGAGUGGCUCGCCGCCGAGGACGCCACCUCCGGAGGCGCCCUGGUCCCCUUCAACCGCCUCCUCGACGUCAUGGAGACCAAGCUCGAGGGCGCCCUCAACUAA